CCCCGCUUGGGAGGGCCAUGAGGGAGAGGGGGACCUCCAGCCAAACUAGAGAGCAGCCCAGUCACAGCUCGGCAUGGCUCCAAUGAGCCCCUGUGUGGCCACUUAUGUCUUUGCCGCCUGCCUCUGCCUUUGGAGAGGGAUCCUGGGCCAUGACUUCCUAGGCCCAAGGGUGCUGGCUGAACCUGUUCUUACUCCCAACACCAUCUGCAUGACCCUCCCCUGGCUGAGCCGGCGCCAACUUGGACUCUGCACCCGCAGCCCAGAAGCCAUGGCUUCAGCUCUGCAAGGCGUCCACCUCGCCAUCCACGAAUGCCGGCAUCAGCUGCAAGAGAGGCGGUGGGAUUGCUCGGACUUGAGCAGUAGUGGCACCAUGCUUCCCAACAGCGCUGUUCUGAAGAGAGGCUUCCGGGAAAGUGCCUUUGCCUUCUCGCUGCUGGCAGCUGGGGUGACCCAUGCAGUAGCAACAGCUUGUAGCCUUGGGGAGCUGCAGAGCUGUGGUUGCGCCAGGCAAGGCACCGAGAACCAGAAGCUGAAACUCAGCCAGCUGCAGACUCUGAGCCGCGACAAGUCCUCCUUGUGGGGGGAGCCUGGCCCCCAGGACACCUGGGAGUGGGGGGGCUGCAGUGCAGACUUUGACUAUGCCCAGAAAUUUGCCCGGCAUUUCUUGGACCCUCGAGGGAAACCGCGCGAUGCUCACGCACGGAUGCAGCUCCACAGUCAUCGCGUAGGCAGAAAGGUUGUGUCAGAGCUGAGGCAGCGGAGAUGUAAAUGCCACGGCCCCUCAGGGAGCUGCCAGUUCCGGACAUGCUGGUUGGCAGCACCAGAUUUCCGCCAUGUGGGCUCUCACCUGAGGGAGCGAAUGGACCACGCUAUACUCUUGUGGCCGCACAACAGCAACUCAGGGGCCUUCCGACCCCGCCUCCAGCACUCGCGCCUGGCCAAGCACCUCAUCUUCUACGAACCCUCACCUGACUUUUGCGAGCCAGACCCCAGCCUGGGCUCGCCGGGCACCCAUGGCCGCCCUUGCACCAAGGGCAGCGCCCGGCCCGGCGGCUGCAGCAGCCUGUGCUGCGGCCGUGGCCACAAUGUGCUGCAGGAGGUGCAUGCCCAGCGCUGCCACUGCCGCUUCCACUGGUGCUGCCACGUGCAGUGUGAGGAGUGCUCUGCCACAGAGUGGGUGAAUGUCUGCAAGUGACGUGAGGCACGGGGCAGGGCGGCAUGGCGAGGGCCUGGCGCCAUGUGCCAAUGAGCUGCUUUUGAAUGGCACCGCGUUUCAGGGGGCCCAGCACCCCCUGAGACUAGGCCUUCUGCAGAACAUGCUUACUGUGGUUCUUCUGCCACAUGCCAAACAUGCCAUGCUUGGGCCUCUCCUAACACCAUGACAGGAAGGAUUUGCUGCAGCGUGGAAUACACUUACAAAUGGAUUUCUAAGCCCAGCAUGGAAGUCUCCUUCGAAGGCUGUAGCCUUCCGUCGGCCUGUUUUCCCAGGCGUAAGAAGCUCAGACUCUCCUUUUAGGAGGCAAAAGCAACUGCAACUCUUGCAGUCUCUUGGAAUAGCAGCGGCAACCAACCCAGCAAAAACAAGACCAGCAAAAUGACAGGUUUUUUGCUCUGUUAUUGAAGUGUGUUUGUGAAGCCAUUUCAUAUGGCUAAUGGAGGUAUAACAUUAUCCAGGGGAGCUGCAUCUUUCCACUGGCCCAAUGUCCAUUUGUUUUGUAGACCUCUGUGGGUUUUUGUGUGUGGUACAGGUCAGCAGUAGCUGGCUCAAUUUGUUUUGCUGCCCUGGGUGAAAGUUAUUUUUGCCCCUCCUCACUUGCACCUCUUUGGUGUAAAACAACACCUUUUGACCACCUUCCAACCUUGUCCCCACAGCUGGUUCCCUGGUAGAAUGAGGGCAAGUAGGUACAAAACCAUAACACACCAAUGCCUUUAAGAACACAGGUAGGCACAGAAAUUCAAAUCCACAGACACAUUAAUGCAAUUUAAAAAACAAACAAACCCACAAAUCAUAAUUUUUCGAAAUCAGUUCAAUUGGAAUUCAAAACCUAAAAGAGGUGUGUUUUAUUUAUUUAUUUAUUUAUUUAUUUAUUUGAAUGAGAGCUUCUUACCCUACAGGGAAUCAAGAAGUCCAUUUUCCAAAGUCAGGCUCUGAAGUCUGAGAGCAGCCUGCAUGGGGCCAGGACACACCUUUUCCUGAGAACAAGGAAGCAGGAACAGAUGGCCCAUUGCAACAGACAGACUCCAAAAAGAAAGCUCUGAAUUUUAGACUGGAUCUGAAUUUUGAAUAGCAGUUACCCCCAUGGUAUAGUCAUUUACACGUGUGUGUGUGUGUGUGGCAUGGAAUAUGUUCAUAUUUGUAUGUGACCUUCGCUAUGCAGCUUUCCUGUAUUGAACGAGAUAAACAUCUGUUGCUGUGUAUGCUAUAGGUGUGAUGUGCAAUGUGGCAGAGUAUGUGCCUCUCUGUGUUAGAAACAAGGUGAGGUGCCAGCUUUACACCUGUCCUGCAACUUGAAACCCACUUUUUCCAAAAAAGGAAGAGACAAUAUUAAUCUUUGUCUUAUUUUUAAAAAACAUUUUUUCAAAAUGGCAGUUCUUCUGCUAGUAUUACCUUAGGCUGCGGCAUGACUCGUGACUGCUGUCACCAUCUGCAGUGAUCAUGGAGCCCAAGAGAGUAAAAUCUCUCACUGCCUCCAUUUCUUCCCCUUCUAUUUGCCAGGAGGUGAUGGGACCAGUGGCCAUGAUCUUAGUUUUUUUAAUGUUGAACUUCAGACCAUAUUUUGCGCUCUCCUCUUUCACCUUCAUUAAAAGGUUCUUUAAAUCCUCCUCACUUUCUGCCAUCAUCAGCAUAUCUGAAAUUCUUGAUAUUUCUUCCUGCAAUCCGGCUUGGGAUUCAUCCAGUCCAGCCUUUUGCAUGAUGAAUUCUGCUUAUAAGUUAAAUAAGCAGGGAGACAAUAUACAGCCUUGUUGUACUCCUUUCCCAAUUUUGAACCAAUCAGUUAUUCCAUAUCCAGGUCUAACUGUAGCUUCUUGUCCCACAGGAGAUAAGUAAUACACAGGACUAAAGUUAGGUCCCAAAAUGGAUGGUGCUGAAACCCAGACUUUCAUGCAAGUUGCUUCCUCUAACUCAGAUCUCAUUUCCUAAUCCAUGGGUAGGCAAACUAAGGCCCAGGGGCUGGAUCUGGCCCAAUCGCCUUCUAAAUCCAGCCCGCAGACGGCCUGUGGCUUGAAGUGGGAUGCACCUAGGACUGCUCACAACGCACAGGCGCUCCUCAGCAAUUGCAUCAGUGUGGUUCCUUGAGCUUGCAAAAGGACUGACUUAAAUCCUGAAAAGGAGCAAGCAAAUACGAGGUGCUGGCAGGGAGAGACUGCAGCCUGUCCCUGGUGUAACAUGAAGACAGAUAGCAACUUGCUACUACAGGUAAAUGUUACAAAAUGUACAUAAAGGAAGCCUGACUGUCAACGCAAGCAUGUGUCAUAAGCAGACCAUAUAUUAUUUCAGUUUGGUUACAAUAGUGCAACCAGAUGUGGAGCCUCAGGAGUUAAUGGUACAUCCUAAUGAACGUCCAGUAAGUGGGGGAAGCGCAUGUGAUAAUAGUGUAUGUGAUCAGCAUGGAGUGUGUGUGUUUGCAAUUAGCUUGAUGUGUGUAUGUCAGUGUCUCGGUGCCAGAACAUCUCCUCCUUCCAACCCAAACCACAACCUCUCAAAAUUCCUCUCAACUUCUGUCAGGCCCUGGCUCUGGUCUCAGGGAAAGGCGCUUGCUGCAGCCAGCUCCAUGGGGUGAUUUACUACGCGGCCACUGCAGGGUUGCAGCUCAGAUCAGCCCCAGGAUGAUGCUUCUUUCCAGAUGGAACUGAUGCUCAGAGAUUCUUCCAAUAAACCUAAAUUAAAGCAAAGCAUUACUUUCUUGUGCAAGGGUUUGUUUGGAAUUAGAAGAUUAUGGGGAUGGGGGCUUUGCUACAUUUAGCUGUCACCCACUAAGGCAAUGAGGGAAGGCUACUUGCAAAUGAGGGUGGAAGGGUUAACGGCAACAUUGC